AUGGCUCAAUCUAGUCCAACCUCUUCACGCGGGAAAGGAAUAUCAUUUAACGAGGGUCGGUCAGAUGAUGACAAAUCUUCUUCGUCUGAUCUCCGAGAGGAAAUUGGAAUUCUCCGCCAACAGCUCAUUGAAAAGUCAAUUCAAAUGGAUCAGCUUUCUGCACAUAUCUUUGAGCUCAGGGAAAAGGAUGAAGAAAAGACCAAACAAAUCAAUGAUCUACAAACGAGUCUUGGAUCUGUUCUAGCUAAUUAUUUUAAUCUCAAGAACGUAUUGUAUGAUGCUUUUGGUGAAAAAGUCAAAGCCCUCUUCCAACAGCCUCAUGGAGUAGUUGAUCCUCCUUCUGUUCAAUCACCUCCUGCAACUGAUGAUCUACCUGUCAACCCACCUGCUCCAAGAACAACUACAAUUGUCAACAGGUUUGAAAAAGAACCAGAAGGAAGCAGAGCCAGAAUCACAAUCAAGCAGGGCAAAAGAAUCGUAACUGCAAAUCAAAGCGAAGGCCUUUUAUUAAUGAAAAGUUCUAAUGAAAAUCGCAAAACAAGAGACCAUGUCUUGACAGUAACGGAUUUGAAGAAAAGAAAGUUCGGUGAUGAGUAUGGUGACAGGACAGGUAUCCGAAUGUGGGCCUUUGAUCCAAUGACGAAUUUGUGGGUUGUAAAGCGAAAAUCAGGAGCAUCUGAAUGUUACAAAAGCACCGAUGAUUUCAACUCUUGGACCAAAAUUGAUCUAGCUGAAUUAUCCAGGGCCCCAUUCCAUAACCCCUCUGAAGAUCCUAGUGCUACAAAUUUCAAAAGAUUUCUUGACAGACAGGUCAAAGAGAACUUUCCAUCAAUUAAGACUGCAAAAGCCCUAUAUAGAAAAGACAAAGAUGUUCUUGACCCAGAAUCAGGCAAACCCAUGAAGAUUAUACUCUGGCCUGCAAUUAAGAAACAAAAGGAAAUUCCUAUUCCUCAACAUUUUCAUGAGGGAUAUCUGGAUGACAUGGAAUUUUGGGCAUAUGAUGACAAAACAGGUACUGCAGCCAUCAAAUUCAAGGAUCGAGAACAUGUUCUGAGAUUGAUUAUUGCUAAAUACUUCUUCGUUUCAGAGAAAGGGAUAUACGAACUCUGGCCCGUCAUCAAAUCAUUUGUAGAAAAGAUGUCAUGGAAGCUGCUGCUAAAGAAUUCACUGCAAUGGUGGCUACGAUCAUAAAUGGAAGAUUGUGGAUGGGAUCGAUGGGGAGAUCAGAUCUGAAGUUGUUUGAGAAGCCUGUUAAGGAGCCAAAGGCGUGAAGACAAGACUAUGCUAGUCUCAAACCAAGGAGGAUACUGAAAGAACAUAAUUUUUUGGUUUGAGCUAGGCAUCAUUUUGUAUAAGUGAUAGUGUCAGUUUUGUAGGGAUUGUGUUUAAACAUGUACUGUGUGCUACCACACAGUGUGUGCGGCCGCACACAUGUGUACGGCUGCACACUCUUGUGCUGAUAGGAGGGGUACUAUUUAAAGCAACUGACUUGUGUAAGUCUGUACUUUUUGCUUCGUGUCAGAACUCUGUUGUAGUAGUACUUUUCUCAAGAUGUACUUGACAUUUACAAGCAAUAGAUGUGUG